CAGUCUUCAAGCACCCCUUUAUUAACACUCUCCCCUCCAUUUCACAAGUUACCAUCUCAAAAUCCUCCUAAGCUCUCUGCAAAAUUUCUUCCUCUGAAACUUUUGCGAUCAUCAGAAACUAUUCUGUUCAAUCUUCUCUUCCAAUGUUCACUUAUCUCUAACUCUUCACCACCAUGUCGUCACCAUUGCUCCCUACCGUUGAAGUGUAAAACCCGUUGUUCCUGCUACUCAAGGUAGUUCCUCUGCUCCACGCCACAUCCUAAGGUUUCCGGGGGGGGGGGGGGGGGUCCACCACGCGGUGGCGCAGGGGCUUCCAAGAGAAAGAAGAAGAGUGUAAAGGCAGACGCCGAUGCUUUCAUGAUGAGUUAGAUCAUCCCUAAAGUAUGGGCCUUCGACAAAGAUCUUCAGAUCAAGGCUCCGACCACUAAACAAACUAGCAAUCGGACAAACCGGACGUUUCGUAAUGUACAUAAGAGAAAUGUUGAAAAAUGCAAAUAGGCAUGGGGUCGAGUCAAGCGAUGCAAACCCAAACGAAUUUACUAUAUAUUGAUCAGUCGGAAUGAGCUCAAUCGAUCUUGUUAUUGUAUGAGUUGAGAUGAGCAAUAGCUAGGAAAGCCCAAUCAUACUCGGGCUGACCACAAGCUGAGUCUAACAAACUUUGUUACAGUAUAAUCGAGUUCAAAUUGAGCCCGAGUCAACUUCAUAAGAUGCAACAAGUAAACAAGAUGUAUAGACAAAAUGUGAACGAACUUAUCACAUGUUUACCGUACAGAUCAUAACAUGGAUAUGAUGUGGGCCAUGGCAUUGGCAGGUUGAUUACACAUUUCAUCUUUCCUUAAAUCGUUGCGGGAUUAUAGGCUAUUACUUAAAGACAAGGUUCUAAAGUCAAAUACCCUCCAAGUCCACCCUACCCUCGCACAAUACUCCCAUCCUAAAACUUAAACCUUCUAAACCAUCUAUUCAUUUAUAACUGUCUACAUUCUUGUGAUUAACAGAUCUAAUUAACUAGCUAACAGUGCCUAUACAAGUAAAUUUGUAAAACUGGCAACUCACAUGUUGAUGUUGUACUCAACUGAUGCAUUUCUUGCGCUGUUCAUGGAUCUUAUUAAUUUAAAGAAUUCUAAUUUAAUCCCAUGAUCCUUCCUCUUCUUUUUUGUUCUUCCUUCUUUUGUUUUUUUAAUAUAGCAUGCACAUGUACAUCCCUGGAAUUCAUCGUCCAUGUCCGUAUUACUUAACGUGGGUUCAGCAUUUAAGUCACUUACAAAAUCUGCAUCCGAGCUAAGCAAAAACCAAAUUAACUAUUGUCAUGUGGACAACAAAGAAAUUGUCGAAUGGCUACUAAUGAAUAACUAUAAAUAGACACAUGCACAACCUUUAUUUUCACUAUAACGACCUCUAAACAGCCAAUCAACAUGUCGAAUUUCAAAACCAUGACAUGUACUUGUGUUUCUUUGUUGUUCUUCUUUUGUUUAAUAAUACCUUCUUGUUUAGCCUACAAUGUGGUUAGUUUUGGUGCUAGGGGGGAUGGCAGAACAGACUCAACCUCCGCGUUUCUUCGCGCUUGGUCUGUCGCCUGCCAUUCUACUAGCCAGUCCAACGUGUACGUUCCACGAGGGACGUAUUUGGUAAGGACGUUGAAUUUAAACGGUCCUUGCCGGAGACGAAUUGAUUUUCGAAUUGAUGGUAUUCUCGUUGCUCCGACAAAUUAUAAUGCAAUUGGUUAUUCUGAGUUCUGGAUUAUGUUUUAUAAGGUAAGUGGGCUUUCAGUGUAUGGAGGAACUAUUAACGCCAAGGGUCAUGGUUAUUGGUCUUGUCGAAAGGGUGGAAAGUCUUGCCCACAAGGAGCUAGGUCAAUACAAUUUAUGUGGUGUAACAAUGUACUGCUAAAGGGGUUGACAUCACUCCACAGUCAAAGAGUACAUGUAGGGAUUGGUUACAGCAGUAAUGUGAGAGUUGAGAAUGUGAAGAUAACAGCACCAAGUGGAAGCCCAAACACUGAUGGAAUUCAUGUUCAGAACUCAAGGGGUGUUACCAUUUUAGGCAGCAUUAUCAAGACUGGAGAUGACUGCAUUUCCAUUGGCCCUGGCUCCAUGAACAUGUGGGUUGAACGAAUUGGAUGUGGACCUGGACACGGCAUCAGCAUAGGAAGUUUAGGAAGUAGUUACAAUGAAGCAGGAGUUGCGAAUAUAACAGUAACAAAUUCGGUUUUCACAAAGACACAGAAUGGCGUUAGAGUAAAGUCAUGGGCAAGACCAAGUGGUGGCUAUGCUAGAAAUAUCAUGUUCUCAAAUCUUAUUAUGAGAAAUGUUGGGUACCCCAUACUCAUUGAUCAAAACUAUUGUCCUAAUAAUAAUUGCCCUCGUCAGAAUUCAGGAGUGAAGGUGAGUCAAGUCACAUUCAAGAAUGUGAAGGGGUCAUCAUCCACACAGGAAGCCAUAAAAUUAGAUUGCAGUUACACAAAUCCAUGCACUGGAAUCAGACUGCAAGACAUAAAACUUACUCACAAUGAUCGCUUAAGAAGGCCAGCACUAACGUACUGCAGAAAUGCAAGUGGAAGACGUGGUGGCACAGUCAUUCCCAGGAGUUGCUUCUAAAACAAUACAGAGCAUGAACUUAUUCUUGUAUAUAUACUUUUCUUUUUCAAGUUGAAUGUGCAAGUUCGCCCCCCACCGACCCAUCUCUGUGUGUGGCUCCGCCACUAUUAAGGAGUACCCAUCAUUGAUUGAUGUUAUUUAUGUCUUAAGAUAUAAUCUCUCUCUUCAUUGAAUAUUUA